AAAAGAUUAAAAAAACCCCAAAAGCUACCCUCUUCCUCUUCGAGGCCCCAUCCCCCUCUGAAUCUCAUCAAGAAGGAGAAGGACCUCUGAUGCUCUGACUCUUACACUCCCAAAAAAGCACCGGCCACCGCCAGGCUACUCUGCUUCGUCUCGUGAGUUGUGACUUUCGCGUCGGCCCCUCUGCGUCUCCUUCGCUGGCUCGUCGUCUCCUCUGCCUGACUGCGUCUCUCGUCGCCGUCGCGUCCUCGUCCGGCGUAGCUCACCGUCGUUUCUUCCUUCUCGCCGUGCUUGGUCUCCCACUUCUCAGGAAUCCCGUGAGCGUGUUCCGUUAUUAUUCUCGCUCAGUUCGAAACCCCAAUUUCUUUUCUUUUGCCAUGGAACCUGGAAGAUUUGAUCCAACUUACUCUGCAGAGUUAUUGAAGCAUAUGGAUAAGCAGAAUGAGAUCCUUAUGGAAGCCUAUAGAUCAAUGCUCCAUGAAUCGCAAAAACUUCAGGUCGAAGAAGAAAUGCUUAUGCACAAGCUCUAUGAAGUUAUGUCAGCUCAUGGUCUAACUAAAAAGAGUGAUGGCAAUUCUAAUGCUGUUGAUAAUGUUGGAGCUUUAACUGAAAAUAACUAUAACGAAGCUGUUACACACCCCAGCAGUAUAGAAACUCGAGGGCAACAAAGGGAAAUUACUCCUUUUCGAUACACUUAUAGGAGGAGAUAAGAGAAAAUAACAGAAUGCGUGAGAGGAAUUGGUAGAAUUGUGGAGAGAAUUGGCUUUAUUCAUUCUCUUACUUCAAUAUUUCACUGGUCUGGAGAAUUUCAUACUAAAAUCUCCUGCACUAGUGACUUCCUUCUUUUCUACUUCUAAUUCCAAUCCAUCUUAGUUCAAUUCUUCUAUCUUCUGUAUUAUUAUUUUGUACGGGAGAUCUUAUAGAAGCCCAUGACAAACAGUGAGGACAUAGUUUAGAUUCAUUCACUUGUGAAUUUGGAACAUAUUAGGGGGAAUGAAAUAGAUCUUUUUUUACUCUA